AUGUGUGACGUGACCCGGACCCUCGCCCUGCUGCUGGCUGUAGUGGCGCUGGCGCACGCGCAGGCGCCGAGCCUGGCGCCGCUGGAACCCGACGAGUGGUGGGGGCCGACCAGCAGCCGGGGACACACCGACACCUCCAUAAGAGACUUCCGCGUCGAAUUCGAUGAUGACAUGAUCCAGGAUCUCCGAAACCGUCUGUGGUUUCACCGGCCGCUGACCCCGCCUCUCCAGGGCGUCGGGUUCCGCUACGGCUGCAACACCACCGUGUUACAGCCCUGGGUGGACUACUGGGCGAACGAGUACAACUUCACCCAGCGAGCGGAGUACUUCAACCAGUUCCCGCACUACAAGACCAACAUCCAGGGUCUGGAUAUACACUUCAUCCAUGUAAAGCCAAAACUUUCGGGAUCUUCUGGGAACAUAAAAGUUGUGCCUUUGCUAAUACUUCACGGUCGGCCGGGUUCCAUACGAGAAUUCUACGACGCCAUUCCUGCAUUAAGCUCUCCGUACGAAGAUUAUCCAUUUGUAUUUGAGCUCAUUGUGCCGAGCUUGCCUGGGUUUGGAUUUUCCGAUGCACCAGUCAGACGUGGAGCGGCGCCGCCCCAACUUGCAGUCAUUUUCAAAAACCUGAUGGCAAGACUCGGCCACGACAAGUUCUACGUCCAGGGCGGAGAGUGGGGCUCCUACAUAGGUAGCGCCCUCGCCACCCUCUACCCCGACAACGUGCUGGGUUUCCACUGCAACUUACUGUCGAUGCAGAACAGUUGUACGGAAACCAAAUCUCUAGCCACUGCUAUGCUCGCCUCCAUGCAACUGAGUUCAGCGGAAGCUGCCAAGAUUGCCAACAUCGCGAACCUUAUAGAGGAAACUGGUAACAUACAUAUCCACGGCACGAAACCGGAAACUUUGGGAGCCGGUCUUUCAGACUCCCCAGUUGGGUUCCUGUGUUACUCAUUAGAGAAAUUCGCCUUUGGCACAAAUCAGCAGCACCGUGACGAGCCCGACGGCGGUCUCUCCUUGCGCUUCAGCAAGGAAGAACUCCUCGACAACAUCAUGCUGUACUGGAGCACCAACACCGUCACCACUUCCAUGAGAUUAUACCGCGAGUUCUUUAGCAACAAGAAUCGCGCGUUAGCUAUUGACGACUUCCCAACGCCAGUGCCAACGUGGAGUGUUCAAGCGCCCAACGUGUUCGUAGCCACUACCAAGAGCAAGCUGAAGUUCCCAAAUCUUCUCGGAAUUACCGAACUUGACAACGGAGGUCACUUCUUGGCAUUCGAGUUACCGAAAGUGUUCACAGACAAGGUCUUCCUCGGGAUCAAGGCCAUCAUGGAUUUCCGGAACACAAAAACGGAAUUGUAA